GUAGGUGUAUAAGCUAGCAUAUAGCAAGAAUUUUCACUAUAAAUAUACAUGCAAUCUCAAGGAAUAGACAGGCCAAAAGCGAAGAAGCCUUGUGAGUGCUAAUUAAUUUCUUCAAAUAGAAUAAUAGUAGUUUUUCUCUUAUUAUAGUUUGAACUUUGAAGAAUGGAGGUGAUGAGAAACCACAACAAUGGUACCACCACUAAAAUUAUCAUGAAAAAUGGCAGCAUUCGCAAUGGCAAUGGCAAUGGCGAUAUUGUUAAUGGCAACUCCCAUUCCCAUGGCAAUGGGAAUAUUGUUAAUGGCAACUCCCACUCCCAUGACAAUGAAAAUAAGCUUGUAGAGUAUAACUCUAUCAAACCUGGUUGGUUUUCUGAGUUUAGCGCACUUUGGCCAGGUGAAGCAUUUUCACUUAAAAUUGAAAAGUUACUAUUCCAAGGAAAAUCUGAUUAUCAAGAUGUUAUGCUCUUUGAGUCAGCAACGUAUGGGAAGGUGUUAACAUUGGAUGGGGCAAUUCAACACACAGAGAAUGGUGGAUUUCCAUACACUGAGAUGAUUGUGCAUCUCCCACUUGGUUCCAUUCCAUCCCCCAAAAAGGUUUUAAUCAUAGGUGGAGGGAUUGGUUUCACAUUAUUUGAGGUCUCUCGUUAUUCAACUAUCGAAAAAAUUGAUAUAGUUGAGAUCGAUGAUGUAGUUGUAGAUGUAUCUCGAAAGUUCUUCCCAUACCUAGCAGCAGGAUUUGAUGAUCCUAGAGUAACCCUUGUUAUGGGCGAUGGAGCUGCAUUUGUGAAAGCUGCUCAACCUGGAUACUAUGAUGCCAUUAUUGUUGACUCUUCUGAUCCUAUCGGUCCAGCAAAAGACUUGUUCGAAAGGCCAUUCUUCGAGGCAGUGGCGAAAGCGCUAAGGCCAGGAGGAGUAAUGUGUACGCAAGCAGAGAGCAUUUGGCUUCACAUGCAUAUAAUUAAGCAAAUUAUUGCAAAUUGUCGCCAAGUGUUUAAGGGUUCUGUCAAUUAUGCAUGGACUACAGUUCCUACUUACCCUACUGGUGUAAUUGGUUACAUGCUUUGCGCUACUGAGGGACCUGAAGUUAAUUUCAAGAAUCCAGUGAAUUCUAUUGACAAUGAUAACAGCUAUGUCAAAUUCAAGGGACCUUUGAAGUUCUACAACUCUGAUAUUCAUAAAUCAGCAUUUAUUUUGCCAACCUUCGCGAAGGAUUUGAUUGAGUCUUGAUUAUUUAACAAAUAAUGAUGAUUUUAUGGUAUAUUUAUUGUACUUAGAUUGAUUAUGUAUGGGGAAAUAAUGAAGCUGCUUAUGUCUAUGCAAUUUAUUUAAAUAAAAUGUAAUAAUGCAAUAAAAUGGUGAAUGGCCAUCAUCCACCAGAAGUGUAAAACUGCACGAGAAUUAUGAGAACGUGGUUAUAUAUAAAAUCACAUUAAUUAACAUCUUG